CUCUUCUAAAAAGAAAGCGUCUCUAAAAACAGAAGCUUCAAUUUAAGAAGAUGCCUUGUUUUGCUUUUGGAAGGUUGGCUGAUUCUUUCAGCGCAAGUUCUCUCAAGAACUAUCUUGCUGAAUUCAUCUCUACUCUUCUUUUUGUCUUUGCUGGUGUUGGUUCUGCCAUUGCCUACGCCAAAGUGUCAGGCGGUGCAGCUCUUGAUCCGGCAGGUCUUGUUGCUAUUGCUAUUUGUCACGCGUUUGCACUAUUCGUUGCCGUUUCAGUCAGUUGUAACAUCUCUGGCGGACACGUUAACCCAGCGGUUACCUUUGGAUUGGCUGUUGGUGGGCGGAUCACCAUCCUAACUGGACUCUUUUACUGGAUUGCCCAGCUUAUUGGAGCCGUUGCUGCUUGCUUCCUCCUCAAAUUUGUCACUGGUGGAUUGGCAAUUCCCAUCCACGCCCUUGGAGCUGGUGUUGGAGCCUUUGAAGGAGUCGUUUUUGAAAUUAUCAUCACCUUUGCAUUGGUCUACACAGUAUAUGCCACCGCUGCCGAUCCCAGUAAGGGUUCAUUGGGAACCAUUGCUCCAAUUGCCAUUGGUUUCAUUGUUGGUGCCAACAUCUUAGCUGCUGGACCUUUCUCAGGUGGAUCAAUGAACCCAGCUCGUUCUUUCGGUCCUGCUGUUGCAAGUGGAAAUUUCUCUGGUCUGUGGAUCUACUGGGUUGGUCCAUUGAUCGGUGGUGGUCUAGCUGGUCUUAUCUACGGAAACGUGUUCAUCCACUCCGAACAUGUUCCCCUUGUCAAUGAAGUCUAAGUAAGAAAGUUGAAUUCCUGUUGAUGAUUAAACAAGAAGUUUCGAUCCAAAUUUGCGUUCGUAAGAUCGGAAGAAAGGGUUGUUUUUGCAUUUCUUUCUUUCUGUUUGGUUGUUUUGUAAUCUUCUCUGUAUUUGGUUCAAUUUGGCUUGGCUGAGAAAAAUGUGUUGCAUGUAAACAAGAAAACAGCAGAAACCUCAUUUUACUUUUAUAAAUAAAAGAUCUUCAUCGUAAUGCUUUUUUGUUU